AUGUCCGGACAUCGCAUACUUUACGAGGACUCUCCCACGACGAUAUACUGGGAUGCCACACGCCCGACGGCACCUCCCCCUCGGACGGCGACGCCUCCGUCGCCUGCCCGGUCACCGUCCGCCUUCACGGUCUCUCCUCUUUCAACACGGGGGCCGGUAUUACCCAGCGUGAGAAGGAAACCACUCGAGCAAAGGAGACCGAAUCAGUCGACUGCGGGGUACUAUGAGGAUCCGGAGAGAGAGGCCAUCGAACUCCGGGAGGCGGCAGCCGCUGGGGUGCCGUUCCUGAAUAUAGAGGAGGCACUUUACACGGAGCCCGUGAAUAGAACGAGCGGAAAUCCUUGGGAAGAGCGUGCUACACAAGCCAGCCGCGAGUGGGGGGUUCUAAAAGAGGAGGGCGUUAGGAGGACAGAUACGGCGGAUACAGGGGUGGGCACGAACGAUGAAGAGUCUGGGUUGGGUGUUAAUUGGAAGCCGAGAUAUCUCACAAGGAGAAUAGUAGCGUCGUUUGCCGCCGUGUUUGUUGUGCUCGUCAUCAUUGUCGAGGCCCUCGCCGGAGUUGACCGGGAAAGCAGCGGACUCGGCUAUCCAAACGGGGGAGUGUCAGUGCUAUGGACAUACGGCCCACCAGCUAUCCUUACGGUCAUAGCAGCGCUCUGGAGCCGAGUCGAAUUCCAAACCCGACGAUUCCUCCCCUGGAUCCACCUCGCCGGAGAGAAGAGCGGACCCCGCGACGCAUCAGAAACCUUGCUCCUCGAUUACAAUAGCACGGGAAUGCUGAAAACCCUCUUCCUGUCUGCCAAGCGGAAACACUUCCUUGUCACAGCAUCGAUAAUAACGCGUAUCCUCCUUAUAUUGCAGAUUGUCCUCUCGACCGGCUUCUUCGCCAUCCAGGAGUCGAGGACAGAAGUCGACGGAGUGGCUUCCGUGCUUCGCCGCUUCAUCCUACAUUCCCAGCUUCGCUUCGGCGACAACCAACCAGCCGUGAUAACCGUUACUGCGGUUGAAGAAAAAAGACUGCGGGUAUCGCCGGGUGUUGCGCACGCGAUGGCCGUGUUUUUUGUGAUAUCUGCUCUCUUAACAAGCUGGAUGGUGUUCUUGGUUCCGACGCAGGGCAUUGCGCCGAGGAAUCCAAACUCCCUAGCGUCGAUGGCGACUCUACUUUCGAAUAGUCCGGGUAUCUUGGGCAGGCUUCGAGACGUCGACCAUGAUAAUGCAGGAGCCGUCGCGGGCAGGUUUGAGGGGUUGUUUUACACCAAGGUGGAAAGGUAUACGACGGAUCCCCCACACAUGGCGAGAUUCAUAAUCCGUUGCGUGGCCGACAGAAGACCUUCCUCACAGAAAAGGAGGGAGGCCAAACAGGCCGACGCAUUCGCCGUAAGAGAUACUUACAGCCCGUUAGUUCUGCGUCCCGGCACGCGCAUGGUCACCAUGGCCCUCACCAUCGGCCUGGCGGUGGCGUUAUGGGGCACCCUCUCCCACUCGAACAAAUACCGGGGGCUCGCCGAGGUGGGACUUACGCAAGCGCAAGUUGCCGCAUGGACGAUAUUUCCCGCCGCCAUUUUCAUGUCUUUGACACUUUAUAUCUGGGCCGUGGAUUCCGAAUCUCGGUUCACGGCGCCGUUUUUGGAUAUUUUUAGGGGGUCCAACUUCUCGCGUGGUAUGGCCACGACGUACAUGGAUGAAAUCGCUCCCGUGACGUUAUGCAAGGCUGCCAGACGGAAAAGCUGGAGCGUGCUGGUGACUACGACAGCGAUGCUUCUCGUCACGUUUGCGCCCAUUCUAGCCGCGGGGCUGUUCUCUCCGGAGAGUGUUGAGCAGCAGAUAGCCGUCCAGAUACCACCAAGGGAGGUCAUCUCUGGUGGGGUAGACGUCGAGGUGGUUAAUGAAGCGAGUGUGGUGGCGAAUUCAAUACUAAGCCAUUAUAACACAUCGUAUCCGGCUUGGAUAUAUGAGCAUGUUGUGAUCUCCGGGUCCGAACCCACCAGUGGAGACUUGUCGGAGGAAGACAGGAUACAAGUGAGCCUCCCAGCUGUUCAGGUCGAACUUACAUGUAAGCGUCUCAUGGCCAGUUCUGGAGAGCUGUCCGAUAUCGAGUGCGAGCUUCUAGAACCUAGAGGAGAUGAGCUCCUCCGCGCCAACAACGGCACCUCAUCCAUCACGUCAACCAUCGCAAAACGGUACGCGCUCAUCCGCGCCCAAACCCUUUCGGCCUCCUCCUCCCCAACGGCGCUCGCAGACGAGGGACAGCAGGAGCGAUCCAGAAGAGCGGAAGUUAUACACACGCCCUUCUCCUCCCUUCGGCUUGUGCAGAAGCCCGUGCCGACGUAUAUUCUAGGAACCUUGCUGACGGCGACGUUCCUGCUCUCAGUGGUCGGUCUGUGGCUGGAGCCGAAGGGGGUUUCGCUGCCGGCGCGUUGUUGUCCGGGGAGCGUUGCUGGUGCUGCGGGGAUGCUUGAUUCGUGGGGGGUGUUUGAGAGGAUUCCGGUAGGUGGAGAGUGGAUGGAUGAGGAGCAGCUAGAGGGGCUUUUCAUGGAUGGGUGA